GCCGGACAUUCGAGAGCGGCCGGUGCACAGCUUCGGAGUCCCCAGCGUUCCGCUCCAGCUCUCCUGAGGCGGCCGUACAAUCCUCGGCAGUGUCCUGAGACUGUAUGGUCAUCUCAGCGGCCGCGCUCGCCUGGCCCCGGAUUCCUUCCACCUGGCGCUGGUCGAGCCACUAUUUUCGUUUGUUUGUUUUUUGGUUGGUUUUGUUUCGUGCAAUCCCAGACAACUGACUCUGCUUCGGGGAUAAACGGAACUUCUGGUCCCUUGUCGCGGCUCUCUCCUUUUGGCGUCUUACCACCUCCUCCCAUUCCUUUUCCCCGGCCCCGCCCCCUCCUGCAGGUUCCUCCCCGUCACCCCUCUCCUCCCUCCUCCUCCUCCUCCGCACCUAGCCAGCCGUCCGCAAACUUCCACCUGAUUGUGCGGGGACACUCGGACCUGCGAGCACUAAAGACCUCUCACACCUGCCGGGGCGACAGAGAGCCGCCGAGGGCCGCAGCAGAAGGCAGCGGCUGCAGCCCCUACCGCUGCCGCCCUAAAGAACCCAGGUGCUCCGGGUCUCGGAGGGACGCGGCGACAAUGACAGCUGACAAGGAGAAGAAAAGGAGCAGCUCGGAGCUGAGGAAGGAGAAAUCCCGAGAUGCCGCAAGGUGCCGGCGCAGCAAGGAGACGGAGGUCUUCUAUGAACUGGCUCACGAGUUGCCCCUGCCUCACAGUGUGAGCUCCCACCUGGAUAAAGCCUCCAUCAUGCGACUAGCUAUCAGCUUCCUGCGAACACACAAGCUCCUGUCCUCAGUCUGCUCUGAGAAUGAAUCCGAAGCUGAGGCUGACCAGCAGAUGGAUAACUUGUACCUGAAAGCCUUGGAGGGUUUCAUCGCCGUGGUGACCCAAGAUGGUGAUAUGAUCUUUCUGUCGGAAAACAUCAGCAAGUUCAUGGGACUGACCCAGGUGGAGCUAACAGGACACAGCAUCUUUGACUUCACACAUCCUUGUGACCAUGAGGAGAUCCGCGAGAACCUGACUCUCAAAAAUGGCUCUGGUUUUGGGAAGAAAAGCAAAGAUAUGUCUACUGAGCGUGACUUCUUCAUGAGGAUGAAGUGCACCGUCACCAACAGAGGCCGGACUGUCAACCUCAAGUCAGCCACCUGGAAGGUCUUGCACUGCACUGGUCAAGUGAGGGUCUACAACAACUGCCCCCCUCACAGCAGCCUCUGUGGCUACAAGGAGCCAUUGCUGUCCUGCCUCAUCAUCAUGUGUGAGCCAAUCCAGCACCCAUCCCACAUGGACAUCCCCUUGGACAGCAAGACGUUCCUGAGCCGCCACAGCAUGGACAUGAAGUUCACCUACUGUGAUGACAGAAUCAUGGAACUGAUCGGUUACCACCCUGAGGAGCUACUUGGCCGCUCUGCCUACGAGUUCUACCACGCCCUGGACUCGGAGAACAUGACCAAAAGUCACCAGAACUUGUGCACCAAGGGGCAGGUGGUGUCUGGCCAGUACCGGAUGCUAGCCAAGCAUGGAGGAUACGUGUGGCUGGAGACCCAGGGGACAGUCAUCUACAACCCCCGCAACCUGCAGCCCCAGUGUAUCAUGUGUGUCAACUACGUCCUGAGUGAGAUUGAGAAGAACGAUGUGGUGUUCUCCAUGGACCAGACUGAAUCCCUGUUCAAGCCCCACCUGAUGGCCAUGAACAGCAUCUUUGACAGCAGUGAUGACGUAGCCGUAUCUGAGAAGAGUAACUACCUGUUCACCAAGCUGAAGGAGGAGCCCGAGGAGCUUGCCCAGCUGGCCCCCACUGCAGGAGAUGCCAUUAUUUCUCUGGAUUUUGGAAACCAGAACUUUGAUGAGUCAUCAGCCUACAGCAAGGCCGUCCUGCCCCCAGGCCAGCCUUGGGCUGCAGAGCUGAGCCACGGUGCCCAGAGUGAGUCUGGGAGCCUGCCAGCCUUCACUGUGCCCCAGGCAGGCUCCCCAGGGAACACCACCCCCAGUGCCACAAGCAGCAGUAGCUGCUCCACGCCCAGCAGUCCUGAAGACUAUUACUCAUCUCUGGAGGAUCACCUGAAGAUUGAAGUGAUCGAGAAACUCUUUGCCAUGGACACGGAGGCGAAGGACCAGUGCAGCACCCAGACGGAUUUCAAUGAGCUGGACUUGGAGACUCUAGCACCCUACAUCCCGAUGGAUGGGGAGGACUUCCAGCUAAGCCCCAUCUGCCCGGAGGAGCCCCACAUGCCAGAGAGCCCCCAGCCCAAUGCCCAGCAUUGCUUCAGUACCAUGACCAGCAUCUUCCAGCCGCUAGCCCUGGGGACCACCCCCAGCCCCUUCUUCCUGGGCAAGUACCCCCAGCAGGUGGAAAGCAGGAAGCCGGAGCCGGAGCACUGGCCCAUGUCCUCCAUCUUCUUUGACGCUGGGAACAAAGGGUCCCUGCCUCCAUGCUGUGGCCAGGCCAGCACUCCACUCUCUUCGAUGGGAGGCAGAUCCAACACUCAGUGGCCUCCAGACCCACCAUUACAUUUCAGGCCCACCAAGUGGCCUGCUGGAGAUCAGAACAGUGAAUCCUUGGGGGCUCUGCCACUGGGGCCAUCACAGGUGGAGCCGCCCAACACCUCACCCCACGUCUCCAUGUUCAAGAUGAGGUCUGCCAAGGACUUCGGGGCUCGCGGCCCAUACAUGAUGAGCCCCGCCAUGAUAGCCCUCUCCAACAAGCUGAAGCUGAAGCGCCAGCUGGAACGUGAGGAGCACGCCUUCCAAGACGCGAGCGGGGGGGACCCUCCGGGCACCAGCAGCAGUUCACAUUUGAUGUGGAAACGUAUGAAGAGCCUCAUGGGUGGGACCUGUCCUUUGACGCCUGACAAGACCAUCAGCGCAAGCAUGGCCCCUGAUGAAUUCGCUCAAAACUCCAUGAGAGGCCUGGGCCAACCACUGAGACACCUGCCACCCCCGCAGCCACCAUCUGCUGUGAGCCCAGGGGAGAAUGUCAAGCGUGGGCUCCCGCCACAGUGCUAUGCCUCCCAGUUCCAGGACUACAGUCCUCCAGGAGCCCAAAAGGGGUCAGGCAUGGCGAGUCGCCUGCUGGGGCCAUCGUUCGAGCCUUACCUGUUGCCGGAACUGACCCGAUAUGACUGUGAGGUGAAUGUCCCUGUGCCGGGAAGUUCCACACUCCUGCAAGGGAGAGACCUUCUCAGAGCUCUGGACCAGGCCACCUGAGCCAGGGCCUCUGGCCGGGCACGUUCCUGCCUCGCCGUCUUGUCUGCCAGCUCCACCUUCUGUCUGUGUUGCAAUUAGGUAUCUCUAACACCAGCACACUUCUUAAGAGAUGUACUGACCUGGCCGAUCUGCCCAGGUCACCAAGCAGUGGCCUUUACCUGACAUGCUCACUUUAUUAUCCAUGUUUUCAAAAUACGUAGUCGUUUUUUUUCCAUCGAUGAAAACGUUCUGAAAUUUGAUAAGAUUUCCCCCUCCCUUCCUUGAGUGAUUUCUAAUUUAUAUCCCCCCAAGGUUUCUCUCUCACAUUCAGUAUCCGCACUAACAAGCAUCGGUGGAUGUUGGCUCUCCUUAGGGGAAGCCUGGGCUUCGUUCAGCUGAAGUGGUUUGGUGGUGGUUGUUGCCAAAGAGAAAAGGAAUUUGCUUUCCAAGCUCCACUGUGGAUUCUCUGUUUCCCUAUCUCUGUGUCUCUCUCUCUCACACAUACCUAAUCACCACCAUAUUGUAAAAUUUAGUGUGAUUUUUAAAAAGCAACUCUUUGCUCUGAUUUUGAUAUGACUUAUGGGGCAAAAAAAAAUAAGCAAUGUGAAAGGUAAACUCCAGGGUUACCUGUGAAGCCACGCGGUGGUUUUCCUGAACCGUUUGGUGGCGUCCCCCAUCACACCCCAGGUUCAGGGGAUUUUUUUAUUAUUAUUACUCAAAAGCAAAACUGAGGGGUUUUUUUUAAAGGAAAAUUUAUAUCUGGGUUUAGUGUUUAUCAUAUAUAUGGGGUACUUUAUAAUAUCUAAAAACUUAGAAAUGGAAUCCUGCUCACAAAAUCACUUUUAAGAUCUUUUUAGGGCUGUUGGUUUUAUUUUUCUCAGUGUUCUGGACACUGUAGAACUGUGUUGUACUCCCACAUGCCUGCACUAACACCGCUACAGAUCUUUUUUUCCUCUCUCUCUCUCUCUGGUGACUUUUUGCUUUUGUGACAUGCCAUGGGUGUGGCAAACAAUCCCGGGAGUGGAGUCAUUAAGGCAGAGCAUGGCAAGCUGUCUUCUCUCCUCGUGUUCUCUGUGUAUUCUGUACGUAUGCGUGUGACCGCUGCCACGAGGCCUCCGAUGGCACGUGUCGGGGAUGGGAAGGAAGCGCUUUUCCUGUUUUCAGGUCCUGCUCCUAGCCCUUUAAGCACACUGAGUUAUGUGACUCUGCCUGUCUCCCUCAUGCGGCACAUUUGGGUAUUUCCACAGCUACCAUGAGAUGGUUUGAAUGGGGAUUCACAAAUAAUACAGCCACCCAGUCCUUGGAGCUAAACUAGGAGCCGGUGCCAGGUCUGACCAGCCCUGCACCCCGCCACACCCGCAGCUUGCGGGGCAGAUGGCCCUGCCAAGCCUAGGUGUAGUGCCCCACUGCGGGCGAGCAGCAGGCAGGCAGACCUCUGGGGACAGCCUCUCGCAGAGGUCUCAGUCACAUGAAGUGACGUAAACAGGUAGGAAGCACUGAAAAUAGUAUUCCCGGAGCACUUUGUAACUCACUGGGGAAGAGGGAGGCCACCUUUGGGGUGUGUGAUACCAAUCAACAUAAGAUGUUGUUCACUUGGGUACAAUAAAACUUUAAAUACACACAAAGCCCAUUAGGCCAGAACACAGUAAGCCUAAAGAGCCUUACUGCCCAAACCAAAAAUUAACUUUCAAAGUCAAUCUACCUAAAAUGACCUAGGCAUGGUGUUGUCCAAGUCGCACGUUGGUGCAUGGUGUGGCCUGACGCACGGUGAUGGAACUUGAAGGGUUAUUGACAUGUAACUGCUGGUAUUUGAUUUCUUGUGUUGUCGCCUCAGCAUUAAGGGCAUUUUCCCUUUGCAGUUUAACUAAAAACACUCUGAGAAAUAUUCCGAGCUUCAUAUUAACCUUCCCUGUCAAUGUAACAACUUCAUGAACAUUAUUGCAUUGUCAAAUUCCUACUGAUGACAUUAUAACUGUACGGGAGCUUAACUUUAUAAGGAAAUGUAUUUUGACACUGAUAUCUUAUUAAAGUAUUCUGAUCCAA